AUGAGUUUAUUUGUUGAUUUGCGACAAAUUAGAAGUUCAGUAUCAAAUUUAUCAGAAAUGGUAGAUAAAAUAUCGGCAUCCGUUUCUAAAGAAAAGUUGAUUGGAGAACGUAAAAAAAGUGUAGAUUCUGCACUAUAUGGUAGCUCCAUAUACAAGCCAACUACAUUGGGAUUCGGAGUACGAUUUUCACAAAGUCAAGAGAAUAUAUGUCACGAUAUACCUACCUCUAGAUUACGGAGUCAUAUGUCUCUACCAAAUUUGGAAAAAUCAGAUCACAAAAUGACAUUGAAUAGACCAAAAAUCGUCGAAAUCGACGAGGAGAAAAAUAAAAACGAUAAUACCAGUACAUUUCAAAUUUCAACAGUAAAUAUAAACGAUUGGAUUAUAGCCUCUUUGACCAAGAAACCUCAUUUUGAUGACAGUGGCCACACUCACCCAAUGGAUUUUUUGGAAAAUGUAAAAUAUUAUAUUUCGGAACUAAAUAUAGCAAAAGAAAAGCAGCUUAAUUUUCUUAUAUCGUGUCUCGAAGGACUUCCAUUGAUGUGGGCACGUUGCUUUAAGAAUGAAUUUAAAAAUGUAGAAGAUUUUUAUGACGCAUUCGAGCACGAAUUUUGGAGCUCAGAAAGGCAAAAAACUAUUCUUUUUGAUAUGAAAUUAGGAAAAUAUGAUGAAAAAAAGUCACGUAUGAGCAUUUCAGAAUAUUUUCUUUACAAAGUAUCAAAUUAUAAGCAUUUGAAACCCCCUCCUUCAGAUUUGGAAAUAAUUUAUUCUUUAGCUGCGCAUUUUUCGUCUGCUGUUGAACUAGAAUUACGUCUGACACCAAAACCUACAUUACGGGAGGCAUACAGCUUGCUUCGUCGAAGAGAAGGUGAAGCAAAUGACUUUCUGCCUAAUUACUUGUACGAAAUGUGUGAAGCGUUUCAACGAGGAUCUCGGCCAGAAUCUGCACGUCGGCCGGAUGAUCAACAAAGCUCAAAAAUAGAAGGCGAAAAAAAGUGCUCUAAAUAA